CGAUAAGGCAAUGCAUGUGGAGAGGGAUACGAAAAAUGUUUGAUAUAUAGUGGUGAAAGUUUAUAAAUAUCUGCUGUUAAACAUUUUAGAAUAAUGUAUGAUUCAGUCUACCCUAAUAUACUAUAUAUUUUACUACUUAUUUGUUUCGUAGUAAAUUGUCAUGCGUCUAUUGGAGAUCGCACACAAUUCUUCCAUAAUUGUCGACAAAACUGUGAGCGACAAAAUUGUAGUGCUGAUGGGAUCGAAAUUCAGGAGCAGGCCAUAAAAUACUAUCAACAGUCUGUAUUUGAUAAGGCAUUUGCUUGGAAUUGUGCAGAUGAAUGUCAGUAUGGUUGUAUGUGGCGCACAGUAGAUGCCUUUGCAGAACGUGGUUGGGAUGUUCCACAAUUCUAUGGAAAGUGGCCAUUUGUUCGUUUUCUCGGCAUGCAAGAGCCUGCUUCGGUGUUGUUCUCCAUAUGCAAUUUAAUUGCGCACGUUCGAGCGCUCCGGCGAUUUCGAACUGAAGUUCGCGCAGAUAGUCCGUGUUAUAAGUUGUGGCACAUUUUUUCAUUUGUGUGCAUUAACGGUUGGAUAUGGUCGUCAGUGUUUCACACAAGGGACUUUCCUGUGACAGAGUUAAUGGAUUAUGCAUUUGCGUACAGUAUUGUACUUGUGACAUUUUACUGUAUGGUUAUGAGAAUGUUAUAUCGUCAUUCAUUGAUUCUUCGAGGGCUGAUUUCAUUAAUGUUCCUAUCAUUCUUCGUCAACUACUUUGCGUACCUGAGCUUAGGGAAAUUUAGUUACUCUCUUAAUAUGACAACGAAUGUAUUAACUGGCACCCUAUCUGCACUUGGAUGGUUUAUUUGGUGUUACUUUGAACGUCAUCGAAGGCCGAAUUAUCGAAAAAUUAUCCGCUUCUAUAUUUUAUUUGGGAUGUCAAUGAGCCUAGAACUAUUGGAUUUUCCUCCAAUUUUUUGGAUAAUCGAUGCCCAUGCUUUGUGGCAUUUAGCCACAGUUCCAAUUAUUUCGGUGUUUUACGAUUUCAUCAUUGAUGAUUGCCGCUCGUUACGUAAGGAAAUGCAAUUUGAGUUUGAAAAGCUAGGCAAGCAGAACUGAGGCUUCCAGUAUUUUUGUGAUUAUGAGGCACUUAAGAUUAAUUAGCAAAUUUUAUUCUACUAAUUUUAGAAUCAAAGCUGUAUAAAAUUUUAUUCUAAUUAUGAUGUAUACAUGAAUUAAUAAUAAGAAUGGUACAACUUUUA